UUUGAAUAGAAAAAGAAAAAGAAGGAUUUUUGUCUUCAUCUCCGGUCUUCCUAGUCCCUCGAUUCUCAAAUAGGUCAAACUUUAAUCCUCAUUUUGCUUACCUAAUGGCUUCCGUCUCCAUCUUCUUCCCAUCCUUAUCAUUCCCUUUUAUAUACUCCUGUCCUCAAUUUACCCCGCAACCGUUGUUUUUUCUUUUGCUUUUGCACCCAUUGAAUUGGAAGAAGACAUGGAAAAUGUGGUUGAUGUUUUGAUAGUGGGAGCUGGAAUCGGUGGUCUCACUACUGCAUUGGGACUUCACAGCUUGGGUAUCCGAAGCUUGGUUUUGGAGUCGUCGGAUGAUUUGAGAGUCACUGGAUAUGCCUUGACCUUAUGGACGAAUGGUUGGAAGGCGUUGGAUGCCGUUGGAAUUGGUGAUUCACUUAGGCAAAACCAUGAUCAACUUGACGGGAUUAUUACUACAUCACUGAUUUCAGGGGAUAAAACAUCAGAGCUUUUGUUUCCAGACCCAGAAGAAGGUGGAGUCCGCUGUGUGAGAAGAAAGUUUUUGCUGGAAUGUCUGGCCAAGGCACUUCCAAGCGGAACCAUCAAAUUCUCCUCCAAGGUAGUUGCCAUUGAAGAGUAUGGUUUGCUUAAACUUGUGCAUCUUGCUGAUGGAACCUCAAUCAAGACCAAGGUGCUAAUAGGAUGUGAUGGGGUUAAAUCAGUGGUGGCAAAAUGGCUAGGCUUCAAGGCACCAGCCUUCACAGGGAGAUGUGCUGUGAGAGGUUGUUUACAGCGUGAGUCCAACCAUAAUUUCGGACGAAAAGCGAGCCUAUAUGUUGGUGAGGGAGUUCGAGCUGGUAUCAUCCCUUGUGAUGAUAAGACUCUUUAUUGGUUUUUCACUUGGACCCCCUCAGCUGAAGUGAAGGAAAUGAAAAGGAAUCCAGUAAAACUGAAACAACUUGUGUUAAGCAAGCUUGGAGAGAUACCUGAGGCAGCAAGGGCUGUGAUAGAAGAAACUGAUGUGAGUUGUUUUCAACCAGCACCAUUGCAAUACAGACCUCCAUGGGAGCUCAUGUUGGGCAACAUUGUGAAAGGCAAUGUGUGUGUGGCUGGUGAUGCAUUGCACCCAAUGACUCCAGACUUAGGCCAAGGUGGGUGUGCUGCUUUGGAAGAUGCGGUAAUUUUAGCCAGAUGUGUUGCAGAAGCCCUGCUGAAGAAACCAAGCAGCCAGGAGGGGGAGAAGGCAGAAAGAGAGCAGCAAGAGCAGGUUGAGAUGGGGCUGAAGAAGUAUGCGUCAGAGAGGAAAUGGAGGAGCAUCGCGCUGAUCGGUACGGCUUAUAUGGUGGGUAGGAUACAACAAAGCAGUGGGGUGUUUGCUAAGUUUAUUAGGGAUAAGAUUUUGUCUAAGUUUCUGGUUGGACUCUUACUUAGAAAUGCAAAAUUUGACUGUGGGAAACUGACCUCUUCUUUUUAAGCCUCCAACAUAAUUGCUUUAGGACUGAUUUCAUUCUCUGCCAAAUCGUAUAUGAAGAUGUGUAUUAAUGAUUGCUUAAGAAAUUGGACAACUGUAAGAGAUUGCUCAGUAAAUUGUGGAAGAUCGUUUGUCAGAGGUCUCAAGUUGGAUCUCUAGGGUUUCGUUCGAGCAUUCAGGCUAGUUACCCAAGCUGACACAUUGCGCUUAGUGUCACGGGCAUACUUGUCCAAGGCGCUGUUUGCCUAUGGCCGUAUGCCCGAAUACCCCUAAAUCGCUUUGUCUUUAUGUCUUGUAAGUAGUUUAGUCUAUUGCUUUCAUUUUCGUGUCGUCGAGCUACAGUGUGACAUUUCGACAUUUUCAUAUGUAAGCCUGCCAAGGCCAAAAAUCUCAAUAUGUACUAUAGGAGGCAACAUAUUACUGAACCCCCGCUCAA